CGCCUGACCCCCAGCUCCCGGCUUUCGCCCUACCGCGUUUUCUUCCUGCGGCGCCUCGGCCUGUCGCCCCUCAGCCACCUGCGCGUCCCCCCCCACAUCGUCCCGGGGGCUCCCCGGAGCCCUGUGCGCCAUGCGGCUUCUGCCUCUGGCCCCAGGUGGGCCCCGGCGGCACAACCGCCGCCACCUGCUCCCCUGCAGCCCAGCGCUGCUGCCGCUGCUCCUCCUGCUGGGCUGCUGCCUGGGGGGCUCCCGGGCGGCGGCGGGCUCUCGGAGGCCCAAUGUGGUGCUGCUCCUCACCGACGACCAGGACGAAGUGCUCGGCGGCAUGACACCACUAAAGAAAACCAAGGCGCUCAUUGGAGAGAUGGGGAUGACUUUCUCCAGCGCUUAUGUGCCAAGUGCUCUUUGCUGCCCGAGCCGUGCCAGUAUCCUGACAGGGAAGUACCCACAUAAUCAUCACGUUGUUAACAACACUUUAGAGGGAAACUGCAGUAGUAAGUCUUGGCAGAAGAUCCAAGAACCAAACACUUUCCCAGCAAUUCUCAGUUCAAUGUGUGGUUAUCAAACCUUUUUUGCAGGGAAAUACUUAAACGAGUAUGGAGCCCCAGAUGCUGGUGGAUUAGAACACGUUCCUCUGGGAUGGAGUUACUGGUAUGCCUUGGAAAAGAAUUCUAAGUACUAUAAUUACACCCUCUCUAUCAAUGGCAAGGCACGGAAGCAUGGUGAGAACUACAGUGUGGACUACCUGACAGAUGUUUUGGCUAAUGUCUCCUUGGACUUCCUGGACUACAAGUCCAACUUUGAACCGUUCUUCAUGAUGAUCUCCACUCCAGCACCUCACUCGCCUUGGACAGCCGCACCUCAGUACCAGAAGACCUUCCAGAACGUCUUCGCACCAAGGAACAAGAACUUCAACAUCCAUGGAACGAACAAGCACUGGUUAAUCAGGCAAGCCAAGACUCCAAUGACUAAUUCUUCGAUACAGUUUUUAGAUAAUGCAUUUAGGAAAAGGUGGCAAACUCUACUCUCAGUUGAUGACCUUGUGGAGAAACUGGUCAAGAGAUUGGAGCUCAUUGGGGAGCUGGACAACACUUAUAUCUUUUAUACCUCUGACAAUGGUUAUCACACAGGACAGUUUUCUUUGCCAAUAGACAAGAGGCAGCUGUAUGAAUUUGAUAUCAAAGUUCCACUGUUGGUUCGAGGGCCUGGGAUCAAACCGAAUCAGACAAGCAAGAUGCUCGUUGCCAACAUUGACUUGGGCCCUACUAUUUUGGACAUUGCUGGCUACAGCCUGAAUAAGACACAGAUGGAUGGGAUGUCUUUAUUGCCCAUUUUGAGAGGUGACAGUAAUGUGACUUGGCGAUCAGAUGUCCUGGUGGAGUAUCAAGGAGAAGGUCACAAUGUCACUGACCCAACAUGUCCUUCCCUGAGUCCUGGAGUGUCUCAAUGUUUCCCAGACUGUGUGUGUGAAGAUGCUUAUAACAACACGUAUGCCUGCGUGAGGACCAUGUCAGCACUGUGGAAUUUACAGUACUGCGAGUUUGACGACCAGGAGGUGUUUGUAGAAGUCUAUAACCUGACUGCAGACCCACACCAAAUCACAAACAUUGCUAAAAGUAUAGACCCAGAGCUUUUAGGAAAGAUGAACUACCGGCUGAUGAUGCUACAGUCCUGCUCUGGACCCACCUGCCGCACUCCAGGGGUUUUCGACCCUGGAUACAGGUUUGACCCUCGUCUCAUGUUCAACAAUUAUGGUGGUGGCAGGACUCGAAGAUUUUCAAAACAUCUUCUGUAGCGACCUCUGCACCUGGGCCCCUGCACGCCUGUCUGAUGAAGUGAUUGUAGUAGGUGUCUGUAGCUAGUCUUCAAGACCACGCCUGGAAGAGUUUCUGGACUGGCUUUGUUGUAAGUCCUGUUUUAAAAAGCAACCCCGUCAGCCGACCUCCCUGUGCAAUGUGUUAAACUGUGAACUCCGCCCUUAUGUCAGGAGCAGCUGUCCCUGGUCCUCCAUUCAGCUGAUAGGACUGCUCCUGGGGUCUUUGUCCUCACCUUACCCUCUCUCCUGGGGCUCUAGUUCUUGAUUACUCCCCUGUGGUCAGAGUCAGAAUUUGCAGAUCCAUUCAGAUAAUUGGCAGUGCUUCAGGGGAGAAAUGUUUUUGGUAUACAGUGUGAUCUAAAGUCAAAGGACCGGCAUAGCAUUUCAGAUUGAGCACUUCACUAUCAAAAAAUACUAACAUCACAUGGCUUGAAGAAUAACUAUCAGAGCUAAAUCAUCUGAUUAAGAACAAGUACCAUUGUUUUCAGAGUAGCAGAAAUACAUUGUUUAUAAUAUGCAUCCACCACAAUGUGGUAAGUCACAAAUUCAAAACAUGUCAGCCAAGCUCAGUUCAUUUUUGGGGUCUGGGCUGGUACUGCACCAAAACAGGAUAGUAAGCUUUUGGCAAAGGCUAAUUCCAGGUAGUUCGUGAGGGUGAUAGCCAUCUAUUUUCUGGUGGCUGCUAACCACGUGGAGUACCCGGUAACAGCAGGGGUAUUGAGGGAAUGUCUCAAUACUCGGCAGAGAACAAAGACUUCAAGGGCUGGGAAAAGCUGUGUUUUCUGCGGGCCUUCUGUAGAGAGGGCGCUUAGGUUGACAGGUUGAAGGGCUUGAGUUGGGAUGCAGUAAGUGCCUGUCCAGCAGGGAGUCUGGGUUUCAGUCCCACGUGUGAAGUUGUUCCAACUCUCUCAGCAUUCUGUUCAUUUGUUAAGAUAAAAAUUUCUUAUAGUUAAUGCAAAGCAUCAGCCACUUUACCCUACCUCUUCCCUUUCAGAUUAGUUCUUCCUGACUUUUUGGAAUCUUGUGUAAUUUGGGUUCCAUCCACUAUUCUCAUCGAAACCAGAUGUUGAGGUUUCCUCACUAGAACACCUAUAUUUUUGUUUCUUGGCUUGAAGACCAAUCUCGUUUCCACUGUUUUCUUCACAGGAAGGUUAGUCAGUGGUGGGACAGCAGGAGAGGAAGAGCUGUGGUUUGUAACUUGUUCAACUCAGGCAAUAGUGAUUUUAGCUUUAUUUAGGGGCCUAGGCUGAGCUUUAAGCACUUUGUAAGACAUGGUCAUAAGCAACUUUUCUACCAGAAUUCCAGAUAGCCAUGGUCGGUUAAUAGCCAUUGGGUCUAUUCCUUUACCUCAUACAAUCCAUUAACUGGUAGUAUUGGAGGUGAACUAGGCAGAUGAAAUGAACACCUCUGCUGUAAAUGUUCUAGGGAAAGAAAUUAUAAAAACUUGUAACUAAAAGCAAACUACAGUGUUGAAUAUGGGUUUUGGCUUUAUUCAGACUUUUGAUUCUUAACGUUACUCAGUCAACUUCCACAUUAAUGAAAGUUGACCAUAGUUAUUCCCAAAUAAAAAGAAACCAACUCUUACCAGGUCUUGUACUGUGAUGUCAUAUUAUUCAGUUAAUUCAUUUUCUGAUGCUGGUUCCUGAAAGCAGGUAAAGUCAUAGAAUUACACACAGGUCAGCUGCUGAUGUAUCCGUCACUGUCAGCAGGCGUCUGGAUAAUGGGGAUCUGCAGUGAGCCCACUCUGUUGGUGCGUUUCCUAACUGCUGAAUGGGCUUCAUUCUCGAUCUGUGUUAAAAUCAUCUUUCAUUAUGAGGCUUCAGCUUGUAUAGUCUAGCAGACACAGAAUGCACUGAACUUCUCAAAAUCUCUAUGUAUGAGGGACCACUGUAUGAGGCUUGCCUGGUCUCUCUUAAUUGUACUGAUUUAUUAAACUUUGGUUAUUUUCCCUUUUCAGAACGCCGGGUCCCUAUCUGUUGGUGCCCUUCAGAGUAGAGAACUGUAUGCCCAUUAGUAUGAACAGAGGCGGUAGGAAUGAAUAGAUUUUUGCCUUAUAAAAUUUCCUAUUACAAAGCUCUUCCUCACAUACAAUCACCAAGUAGGAAACACCUUUUGAACAUCUUUGAAUUUGACCAAUGGUGCUGUUGCAAAAUACAUUUUUUGUCAAUACAAAUUGACAACACUAGGGUUUUUGUACAAAAUAGUAAUAGCCAUGGAAGUUAUACCUUAAUCUAUAAAAAAUGUUCUUAAGUUUAUUUUUAAGUGUCUAAAUUAAGGAUUACUGUUUUAAUGAAAGAAUUGUCCCAGGAUCCUUAUUAAGAGAAAGCAAAGGGUAUUUCCUCUGAUCUACCAAUGGAAUUAGAUGGGAAUACUUGGGUUCUUUAGUUUUACCACCACUUACGUCACCCUGAAUUGUGUGAAUUCCUGUGUUUGCAUCACCUGUUCCUCGAAGUUGCUCCACCCGGUUCUAUGUCAUUUCAGUCAUCUGACUUAGAAAGUGCCCUUCAAAGGACCCUGUUCACUGCUGCACUUUUCAAUGAAUUAAAAUUUAUUUCUGUUCUA